CCACCCGCAACCCCCCCACCACACUGUCUCCGGCAUGCGAUAGAUUUACGAAUUAGAGAUCUUCUCACAGUAUUGGAAAUAAUCGCCCGGAAUUACUACAAUGCCUCGCCCCAAGCGAACAAAAGUCGCGCCCUCUGCGCCAGCCCCACGCGUAAGGAAACGCGGGAGUCCUGUUAAGGUCGAAGCACUACCCCCGGCGGCGAGAGAAGACUCCCUUGACCUGUACAAUGCUAGCGAUCCGGAUGUACGAGCGAAGAAAAACAAAGGGAAGGCUCCAGCGAGAGAGGAAGGCCUGCGCACGGGCGGGCAACUGAGCGAGCCAACAGAGGGCAGGCUGGAAAGUGGAAAUGUUGUACCAGGAGGUGAGGAUGAUGGGUCUCUUUUGGGAGACAUUGAUCUUGAAUCCAGCAGUCCUGCCGUGGAGGUUGGCCGGAGGGAUCGAAGCAGCACUGCGAUUGAAAGCUCAAUACUUGCGAUUGGAAAUUUUCGGAGAAGGCCGCGGCAACCCAGCAUUCUUGGCCGUGGAACUGCACGAGCGCGGUCUAGUAGUAUUGGAUUAGACAUUGACGGAGAGAUACCAGCGCAAGUUGGGUCGGCAUUGAGGACUGGGAAUUUCAGCAGAAGGGAACGCGAACCGAGUAUAUUACGGACGGCCCAAAAGACGCAGCAAUGGCGAGGAGAAUACGACGGAGAAGAUGAAGACGAUUUUAAUCCCGAGGAUGAGUCAACACCUUUGAAUCUGUCUAAGACGAGGGCUAUGACUACUUCAUCCGCCGUAUCAUCGUCUAAUCCUAGGAAGCGCAAGUUAUCAGCUGUCCAAGUACCCCAGUCAAGCCCAACUCUCGAAGGUCCUAAAGAGCAAGAAACCGUUCCAGCAACUGCGCCUCUCAGCGACGACGCUGAGGAAGGGGUCGAAAUUCCAUCAUCACCUCCAGAAGCUCCAAUCACCUCAAUUGAGCCACGCCCCGUUACUCCAGAAGUAAUGAGCGAAACCAUGGCUCCUCCUCAAAGCAGCAGUUCUUCACCAGAAAGUCUACUGGAGCCACGAAGAACACAGAGGACUCGAGCACAAACAAGCAUAUCCAGAGGACGAAGACCUUUGAGAGGCAGAACGCCACCGCCAGCAACCCAGGAUUCGCCAAUUUCAUCUCCUCCAUCACUCACACACUCGCCUAAUCGCCCGGGUAGGGAAGCACCCAAGCAUAGAGGAAGAAGACAACCUCCACCAAUCAGCACUUUCUCCACUGCGCAACUUGAGGCGCUCCUGCCCCGAAGACGACGUCAAACAAACCGUGAUCCUUUCGAUAUUGCCAGUUCAGAAGAUGAAGUCGACGUCUCUGGUCUAGCCUCAGACGAUGACGAACUAACCAAUUUGAGUGUGCCCCCGGCAACUCGACGGGCACGCAACCCCUUGAUGCGCCGUCCAGCACCUCUUAAGAAGCCAGCUAAGUCGAAAGCUGCUCCUAAGCCCAAUUCUAAGACGCCAGGCCGCAAAACUACGUAUGGUCGGCAAGCAAAUGCUACGUCCGAUAAAGAAAAUGAGGAACAUGACCCAGAUGAUAGUUUGGGGCCAUUGCCAGAUGAUGCGGAGGGAAAUGAUAUCACCGAGAACAGUCGAGAGUCGGAGAUCAGGCUAGGAAAGGAGUUAGAGAAGGCAGCGAAAAAGUUUCAGGAGGUUGAUAAGUGGGAACUGGAGUUUGAGGAGGUGACUGCUAGUAGUAGCUCCCCGAGGGAUGCUCGAUGAGUCUAAAUGUUUGGGUUCGGCUUGAUAAAUGGGCUGAAAAGGGACGGCAAGGGUGUUUUGCUGGAGUUGGGGGCUGCACGGAGUUGGGAUGGUCAUGGCAGGAUAUGUUUCUUGUGCUGCAUGAGACACAGGAUAGGAAUAGCAUGACAUGCUUAGUUCGAGAGGCUCGUUUGAGUCCUUGCAUAGAUAGCUUGCUGAGCCGAGCAAGAUCUUGGCUGGAAAUCGAUGUGUUGCUUCGUCGUUCCAAGUAUUAUGUUGCUGAUUCUUUUUGAUUGUAUUUCAUUAAGAUGGAAUGUCCGUACGCGCCUCUUUCUCGCGGUCAAUCUUCCUGCUAUCUGCACCAGAUUUCCCACGGGUUUGAUGUUAUCCUCUAAAC